AUGGCUCCUGUGUACGUGAAAGGAGGAGCUUGGACCAAUGUUGAGGACGAGAUUUUGAAAGCUGCUGUGGCUAAGUAUGGGUUGACGCAGUGGGCUCGAGUCAGUUCUUUACUUGCUAAGAAGACAGCGAAACAGUGCAAAGCUAGAUGGGAAGAAUGGUUGAACCCGAGAGUAAACCAUCUUGAAUGGUCUCGGGAUGAAGAUGCAAAAUUGUUGAGACUGGCCAGACUUAUGCCAAACCAAUGGAGGUCCAUUUCUAAUAUUACUGGGAGAACGGCGACUCAAUGCGUCGAGCGAUAUCAGAAACUUUUGGAAGAAGCUGGAGGAGUAAGUAGUGAUCUAAGACACAUGGAGCUAGGACUUUCAGGCCCAGGUAUUGAGUCGAAUGCACCAGUAGGUGCUGAGUUCAAACUUGGUGAUAUCAACUUGAAUCCAGAGAACAAACCUGCCAUGCUCGACACUGUAGAUAUGGACGAAGAGGAGUUGGAAAUGUUAAGUGAAGCACGGGCCAGGUUGGCCAAUACACAGGGCAAAAAAGCCAAACGAAAAGUUAGAGAAAAGUUUUUGGAAGAAAGUAGGUAUAUUGCCGAAUUGCAGAAAAGAAGAGAAUUGAAACAGGCAGGAAUUGGAGGAACCAAAAAAAGAAAGAAACAAGAUAAUCAGGUUGAUUAUUUAUCUGAUGUUCCUUUUGAAAGGGCUCCAUAUCAGGGAACUUAUGAUGUUGAUGAUGAAAAUUUAGCCAAUCUAAAAGAAAUGGAGGAUUACCAACUCAGGGCUAACAAGUAUGGUAUUCAAGAUCAGGACGCUCAGAAGCAGAAGAGAAAACGAAAGAGAGAGAAGGAAGAUGAGAAGAAGAAGGAUCAAAUGGCUCAAAUAGUGGUGUUUGAAGAACUUUAUCCCACUAAAAAGAAGAAACUAGACUUGCCCGAACCCGGAUCUGUGGUCGGUGAUGAAAUCACAGAUGACGCCAUUAUUCAAGCUACGCAACAAUUAAUAAGGCGAUCCCAAAAACAAUCAUUUAUAGGAAGCACCGCUGAUGAACUAGAAUCAGAAAGUACUAAUGGUAAAUUGGACAAUGUUAGGCCAGCACCUGUUUCUGCAAAGAAGGAGAGGAAACGAUUGGUUGCUCUAAUUCGAACCAAAUUCUCCCAGCUGCCCAAGCCGAAGAAUAAUUUUCAAAUUACUCUUCCCCACGAAUCCCAAGCUUUUGUUACUGGUAAUGAAAAUGAAAUUCGUGAUCAAUACAUCGAUUUAGGAGAGGCAGAGAGAAGAAUAAAGCUUCAUGAAGAGGAAGAGUAUUUCAAAUCUCUUUCAAGAAGAUCCCAAACGAUUCAACGAGGGUUGCCAUUGCCAUCACCUACAGCAAUUCCUUCUACGAACAACUUGUUGCAGGAUCUAGUUGACCAAGAAAUAAUGAAAAUGAUAGAAUCAGACUAUAAUCAGGUCAAUGAUGUUCCAGGGUUCAGAAUCACACAAUUAACAGAGGAAGAGAAACAACAAGCAGAUUUGGAGAUAUUUGAAGAAAUAACAAAGAACCAGGACAGCUUCCUGAAAUUUCAGGACCAUCUGAGAAAUUUAGAUCUGUUCAAAUCAUUUGAGUACACAAAGAGUUUCAGGAACCUCCGAUCACAAUAUUUGAAAACCCGCAUUGAUGACAUCUCAAAACUCGAAUCCACAAUUAAUCUACAAAAUGAGGAUAUCAUUGACAAACACAACCAAUUAAUUCAAAGCCUUGAGGAGCUGCAGACUCUAUCAAUUAAACUUGACAUGGAGUAUAACGUCUUUGGUCACUUUCGUGAGAAUGAACGCAUGGUGAUCCAAGUUCGAACUGAAGCACUUCAAGACGAAGCGGAUGAAGCAAAGAAAAUUCAACGAAAGGCUGAACUCAGGUACAACAAUCUUCUUGAAAAUUUAAAUCACUAA